AUGUCAAAAAAAUCUAUUCUGUCUUGUCUCGAUACUCUCAGAUUUACUGAAAUUGGUAGUGAAGGCAAGCUUCUCGCUUUUCAAGACAGCCUGCAUCUUGCUGAAUUCCCUUCAAUUACUCAAGACAGCCUCUGGAGAGACAUACUGCAAGAUACAGAAGAAACAUUCACUGUAGCUGUCAUCACAAAUACAUGUCUCUCAUCGCGGCCUCUACCGGAGGGCAAACGAUGUGCCAAUGGCGCCAACAGUAGUGAAGGUUCAUUAACUCUGGCAACUCAAAUUGCCACUAGGAUAGGCACCGCAGAUUCAUCACCGAAGGACUUGACUCUAUUGAAGAAUGAUGACUAG